AGGAGCUGCGGCAGCGUGGCUUGGAUGGCAUCGCUGUCCUUCGAUAACCCCGACUGUCCUGACCUGCAGCUGACCAUGGGGGCAGUAAUUGUGGAAGAAAUAAGGGUGGCUGUUGAAGCAGACACCGGAUUCAGGUGUUCAGCUGGGAUUUCACACAACAAGACACUGGCAAAACUGGCCUGUGGCUUAAACAAGCCCAACCGCCAGACGCUGGUAUCUGCACGGUUUGUCCCGCAGCUCUUCAGCCAGCUGCCCGUCAGCAACAUCCGUAACCUGGGAGGCAAGCUGGGCACUGCCAUCACAGACGUUCUGGGGGUAGAGUACAUCGGGGAGCUGACACGCUUCAGUGAGACAGAGCUCCAGACUCACUUUGGAGACAAAACUGGGUCCUGGCUCUAUGACUUGUGCAGAGGAAUUGAAGAUGAACCUGUCAAAAACCGGUACCUGCCCCAGUCCAUUGGCUGCAGCAAGAACUUCCCUGGGAGGACAGCCCUGGCCACGCAGAAGGAGGUGCAACACUGGCUUCUGCAGCUAGCCUUGGAGCUGGAAUCCAGACUGAUCAAGGACAGGAGCCAGAACCACCGGGUGGCCAAGCAGCUGAUGGUGGUCAUCCGCAUGCAGGGAGACACCCGGGUGUCACGUUUCUGUGCGCUCUCCCGCUAUGAUGCCCAGAAGAUGUGCAGCGAUGCCUUCACCCUCAUCCAAAACUGCAACACGGCUGGGGCUCACCAGGCGGCCUGGUCUCCACCGCUCAUAUCGGUGCUUCUCUCAGCAAACAAGUUCUCAGAGCCUGCCACGCUGCUCUCUGGGGGCAUCGCCACCUUCCUGACGAGCGACAGCCAGCCUGAAGGCAGUGCUCCCGACGGUCAAAACACCACACCUUCCAGGGGGCCCAGGGUCAGAUUCUUCAGGAGCCCAAGCAAAGAGCCUAGGCAGAAGCCAGCUAAUGCUAUCGAGUCGUUCUUCCAAAGGGCGGCAGAGAGGCAGCAGCAGCCACAGACGGCACCAGCCGGCCUGCCUAGGGCUGGCUCUGCGGGGUCAGCUGUGCCCGGCUCCCCAGAGCAGCAGGGGGGCGCUGGACCUGCCCCUGCGCAGCGUGACCCGGAGUCCCCUGGGAAGCGGUGCCCCGGAGGUGGGAGCCCUGCUUCUCCUCACAAAAGGCUUCCCUGUGAGAAGGCACUGUCUGAUUCUACACAACCACCCUCGACUCCACCCAGCUCCAGCUCCCUUCUGAAGCUAGUGCCAGCCAUGGAGGGAAACGAGCAGAAUUUGCCACCCUCUCCUGGGCUCGCCCUGCUCCCUCCUGCCUCGCCGGGGGACCAGCAGCGCUGCGAGAAGUGCGGCCAGCUCGUGCUGGUGUGGGAGUUCCCAGAGCACAUGGACUACCACUUUGCUCUGGAGCUGCAAAGCUCCUUCCUGGAGCUCAGCGCUCCUGCAGCUCCAGAAGCAGCUCCCAGCCCAGAUGCUGCAGCUUCCAGGUCUCCUGCCAAGGCAAAGAACAAGCCCAAGACUCCAGCAGGAUCUAGUGCAAAACGACCCAGAGAAGGUGCAACAAGAACUUUAGAUUUUUUCUUUAAGCGCUUGCCUCCUUAA